GAAGAACACCCCCUUCACAUUGACAAGCAAGUGCUCCACCGGCAUUCGGGUGUUCAUUCCACAGGCCACAUGCGCUGCUGUGAUUCGCGCCAACCACCGAAGGAUUUCGGCUGGAAGAGAAGCUCGGCUGUUCGCCCCUGUGCCAGCAGUGUCUAGCAUCAUAUCACGUGGCUAACAGAGGCGGCUCAAUGUCAGGGAGUUCCCCCGCUGUCCGAGAAUGUCAGGCCAUUCCGAAGAAGGAACAGCUUCUUCACACAGAGACGAGGUGUGCGCAGCCCACCGGAGAGAGGUGGUCAAGGCUCGAAAGGCUGUUGCGCUCUUCCUCUGGAAGAAUCGCUUCGACCCUGGAGAUCCCAACUCUCCACGAGGAUUCUUUGUGACAUAUCCCCUGCAUGAGGCUGCAAAGCAGAACAAUGCCUACAUUGCUUCGAAGCUGUUGAUGUUUGGAGCUCGCCUUGAGCAGAAGGAUUUUUGGGGCCACACGGCUGACUCCUACGCAGGAAAGCACUCGCACCACGAGAUCAUGAAGGUCCUUCAGCAUCACGCCAAGUACUGCCUGUCGCCCUAUGACUUUUGUCAUGCGCCGGUCAAGUGGCAGGCUUGUCCACCUCCACGCGGUUUCGAAGAAUUCUUCGCACAUCUGGAAGUCGAUCCCUUGGUCCAGGUGCGCAGUGAAAGUCAAUGGUUGUUGCUUCGUGGAUGCCACCGUGUACGAAAUGUACAUCGUUUGAACUUUGGCAAAGAUCGUGUGCCGGCCACGACUUCUGCGCAGGAAACCAAGCUUCGUUUGUAGCUUCCCGAGUCCAGAACAGCUGGAGGCUGCACGAAGGAUUCGGGCAAUUCGGCUCUCCAGCCGCGAUCUCUUCCAUGUUUGGUCUUAGCCCUUCUGGCCCAGCAGUCCUUGCAUGCGGUCCCUGUGCAUCAAAGUCUAGGACGGUCACUGGGUCACUGGCUUUACU